ACUCAUCCCACAUCCAGGCCUUGUUUGCUGAAAUCAAAAGUGUUAUCCAAACAGGUCGGAUUUGUCUCCGCCCGCUGCUUCUAAUCUCACCCUUUCGAUGGCUUUCUCGUUUGCUCAAUCCACCUUCUUCUCAAAGCCCUCUCUUUUCCUCCAUAAAAAUGGCUUCAGAAGCUUCGCCUUUUCCCUUUCUUUCUCCCUCUCCUUUUCCACUUCUGCCGUUGUAUCUUCGGACAAGAUUCCCCAUCACAAGUGGAGGCAACCAGUUGUGGCUUCAGUUCUUGAGCUCGGUGGAGUUAAGAUUGCUAAAGAUGAUGUGGUGAGGGAUGACCCGGCAAACAAUGUUCCAGAUUCGAUAUUUACCAAACUUGGAAUGCAACUUCAUAGGAGGGACCAUCAUCCAAUUGGUAUUUUGAAGAAUGCAAUAUAUAGCUACUUCGACACCACUCACUCGAAUAAAUUUGACAAGUUUGAUAAUCUCUGCCCAAUUGUUUCUGUUAAACAGAAUUUUGAUGAUGUCUUGGUGCCUGAAGAUCACGUGAGUAGGAGCUACAAUGAUACAUAUUAUGUGGACUCCCAUACGGUCUUAAGGUGCCACACGAGUGCACAUCAAGCUGAGCUACUGAGGAAGGGGCACACCCAUUUUCUCGUCACAGGAGAUGUUUAUCGUAGAGAUUCUAUCGACUCAACUCAUUAUCCCGUAUUCCAUCAGAUGGAAGGCUUUCGAGUUUUUAACCCAGAAGACUGGGAACCAUCUGGUAUGGAUGACACGUCUUACGCAGCUGAAGACUUAAAGAAGUGCCUUGAGGGUCUGGCACGCCACUUAUUUGGUGCUGUGGAAAUGCGCUGGAUUGAUACUUACUUUCCAUUUACCAAUCCGUCAUUUGAACUUGAGAUUUAUUUUCAGGAUAAGUGGUUAGAAGUUCUGGGCUGUGGAGUGACAGAGCAGGAAAUACUGAGGAGAAAUGGUAGAACAAAUAAUGUUGCUUGGGCUUUUGGACUUGGCUUGGAGCGGUUAGCCAUGGUCCUAUUUGACAUUCCAGAUAUUCGACUUUUUUGGACAACAGAUGAGCGGUUCACCUCUCAAUUCUCAAAAGGCCAGCUUGGUGUAAAGUUCAAGUCAUUUUCGAAGUACCCUCCUUGUUACAAGGACGUGAGUUUCUGGAUUAAUGGUUCAUUCACUGAAAACAAUCUUUGCGAAGUUGUUCGUGGAAUUGCUGGAGAUCUGGUGGAGGAGGUGCGACUGAUUGACAAUUUCACCAAUAAAAAAGGAAGGACCAGUCAUUGUUACAGGAUAGCAUAUCGAUCCAUGGAGCGUUCUCUUACAGACGAAGAAAUUAAUGAUUUGCAGUGGAGUGUAAGAGACCAGGUGCAGACCAAGUUGAAUGUGGAGUUGAGAUGACUGUGCUGGUGUAGGCAAACCAACGUUGUGACCUCCAUCUUGUAAAUUUGUUCAACAAUUUUUUUGUGUUGCAUUUGUCAUUUCAUCCAACAGUCAUUCACAUCCCCAAUACCAUUUUCUUCAACUAUGUUAGGAUUUGAUAUAAAGCCAGCUUUCACGUGAAUUUUUUUGGAAAUAAGCCCGUGAAGAAUUCGGAUACAUUAGAAAAACCCAUACAAGUGUUUCACAGUUAUGUGAGCUAUGGUUAUCUCU